AUGGCUAAAAUGAACGGAGUCCCUAACGAAAUCAAGACGUCCGCACUGGACCUCAUCGGAGAGACACCUCUACUCGCCCUCGAUCGCCUGCAUCCCGGACCAGGACGAAUUUUAGUAAAAUGUGAAUUCAAUAAUCCUGGAGCAUCCAUCAAAUGCAGAUCCGCAUUACACAUGAUUCAAGAAGCUCGUGCCAAAGGCCUGCUUAAACCUGGACAACCUGUGUUAGAAGUGACCUCCGGAAAUCAAGGAUGUGGUCUCGCAAUCGUGUGUGCUAUUUACGGUCACCCACUCACCGUAACUAUGUCGAAAGGUAACAGUGUGCAACGAGCUAUUCACAUGGAAGCUCUCGGCGCUAAAUGUAUUAGGAUACCCCAAGUGGAGGGUACCUAUGGUAAUGUUACCAUAAAUGACGUCAAAGCUGCUGAAGACGAAGGCUUAAAAAUAGCAGAAGAGAUCGGUGCGUACUAUGUAAACCAAUUCAACAAUGAAGAUAAUGCAAACUCCCACUACCUUACAACAGGUCCUGAGAUUUGGAGACAGAGUGGCCACCAUAUCGAUGCCUUCAUCGCCACGGUUGGAACGGCCGGUACCUUCGCGGGUACAUCGAGGUAUUUGAAGGAGAAGAACCCGAACAUCAAGUGCUUUGUCGUGGAACCCGAAGGAUCGCAGCCUAUUAAGGGGACCCCGAUCACGAAACCAUUGCAUUUGCUACAGGGUUCUGGUUAUGGGUGCAUCCCAAACUUGUUCAAGUUUGAAACAAUGGACGGAACUUUGAGUGUGACUGAUGAAGAAGCGGUGGAGUACAAGAAGCUUAUUGGCGAAAAGGAGGGUUUAUAUGUUGGCUACACUAGUGGUGCGAAUGUCGCAGCCGCGGUCAAGUUGUUAAAAUCUGGUCUUAUUCCAGAAGAUUCAUGGGUGGUGGCCCCACUAAAUGAUUCUGGCUUGAAAUAUACUCCUGUACCCGACAGUUUAACGUAA